AUGGACCCCAGCUCAGCCAGAGGGCGCGUGUCAUGCUGGGAAGGAUGGUUGCAAAAUAAGGAAACCAAGUUUACUGUUUGCAGCGUGAGUGUGCUGCAGCUGAGCUCAAGUCCCCGGCUGCUGGGUGCCUGCAGGUGCUAUGGCGGGGUUGUAAUUACCCCGGCCGAGCUUGGUCGUUACCGAACCCCCACCCCCACCCAGGCCGCUGGGCUCUCCAUGCCCCCCUCCUUCCCGGCCCCCAGCAGCUCCUCCAGGGCCUUGCUGAAGGAAUCGCGCCCGCCAGGACGCCUCGGAAUCCACGAGCAAAUUUCCACUUCUGAGACCUCGGGGCCCUCCCCACGUGGCCGUAUUUUAGAUAUCCCCUGUAAAGUGUGCGGCGACCGCAGCUCGGGGAAACACUACGGGGUCUACGCCUGCGACGGCUGCUCGGGGUUUUUCAAACGGAGUAUCCGAAGGAACAGGACGCCUCCUCCGAGUUUCCAAGCUGCUGAGGAGAGACCGAGCCCUGACCUCUCCCUUCCUCUCCCCUCCUUCCCGCCUCAGCUCUCGGAGGCCCUUCCGCGUGGGAAAGGCGGGAAGAGGCCCUGGGGCCCGCUGACCGCCUGCGCUCUGUUCCAGGGAGGCUGCCCGGUGGACAAGACGCACAGAAACCAGUGCAGGGCGUGUCGGCUGAAGAAGUGUUUGGAAGUCAACAUGAACAAAGAUGCCGUGCAGCACGAGCGGGGGCCUCGGACGUCCACCAUUCGCAAGCAGGUGGCCCUCUACUUCCGUGGACAUAAGGAGGAGAAUGGGGCGGCUGCGCACUUCCCCUCGGCCGCGCUCCCCGCGCCGGCGUUCUUCACCGCAGUCACGCAGCUCGAGCCCCAUGGCUUGGAGCUGGCCGCUGUGUCCGCCACCCCGGAGCGGCAGACUCUCGUGAGCCUGGCUCAGCCCACGCCCAAGUACCCCCAUGAAGUGAAUGGGACCCCAAUGUAUCUGUAUGAAGUGGCCACAGAGUCCGUGUGUGAAUCAGCUGCCAGGCUUCUGUUUAUGAGCAUCAAGUGGGCUAAGAGUGUACCAGCUUUCUCCACACUAUCUUUGCAGGACCAGCUGAUGCUUUUGGAAGAUGCUUGGAGAGAACUGUUUGUUCUAGGAAUAGCACAAUGGGCCAUUCCGGUUGAUGCUAACACUCUACUGGCUGUAUCUGGCAUGAACGGUGACAACACAGAUUCCCAGAAGCUGAACAAGAUCAUAUCUGAAAUACAAGCUUUACAAGAGGUGGUGGCCCGAUUUAGACAACUCCGGUUAGAUGCUACCGAAUUUGCCUGUCUGAAAUGCAUCGUCACUUUCAAAGCUGUUCCUACACACAGUGGUUCUGAGCUGAGAAGUUUCCGGAAUGCUGCCGCCAUCGCAGCCCUUCAAGAUGAGGCCCAGCUAACCCUCAACAGCUACAUCCAUACCAGAUAUCCCACGCAACCCUGUCGCUUUGGAAAACUCCUGUUGCUUUUGCCAGCUUUACGAUCUAUUAGUCCAUCAACCAUAGAAGAAGUGUUUUUCAAAAAAACCAUUGGCAACGUGCCAAUUACAAGACUGCUUUCAGAUAUGUACAAAUCCAGUGAUAUCUAAGCUCCGAGUCCCCGCUUUUCAGGAUGGGACAGUAUCUGAUGAACUUCGACCCACAGAGAACAAGCCUCAACUAACAAACCCUUCAAGGAAGCAUAAACCUGGGAAUGUGUAGCCUUCAGAAAAACAUGCCAGUGGACACAAAACAGUUCCAGUUGCUUUGACCUGCUGCCUCCCCCAGGGUGGGGCAGCGGGGAAGGAAAGGGGGCAUCACAGGACCACCCGAACAGAGAGAACUCCCUGCUGCCACGCCCUGGGAGGGGGGCCCCUGACUCAGGGGUUGCCGCAGGCCGUGCCAUUCUGCCUCCUACCUGGAAGAUCGGGCUGAACUCUCAAAAGCUGAACCAUCAGUAGAACUUUCUUUUCCUUUUUAGCGUACGAAGUUGGGUAACCAAAUAGAGCUCUGUGUAUAACAUCAUACGGCAGCCUUCAGAACUAUUUUACGUUGGAGAAUUUAUUUUAAAAAAUAAUGGUUAGGUUUUAAAGCAAAAGUUUUAUCAAAAGUUUUUCUUCUAUCGUAAUACAUCAUGAAGUGGCCUUCAGGACUGAGUUAGUAAAUGAAAGGUAGCUUAUGCCGUGAGACUUGC